GCCUACUCAUCAAACUUUAUCGUGCCUAUAGGCUUGAGAGAGAAUUAGAUGGGUAGCAUAGAGAGAAAAUGGAGAGAUCUUAGUGGGCAAAGUAACUGGAGAGGUAUGCUAGAUCCUCUAGACAUUGACCUUCGCCGUUACAUGAUACACUAUGGACAACUCGCUCAAGCCACAUACGAUGCUUUCAACUCAGACAAAGCAUCUAAGUGUGCUGGUAACAGUCGAUAUGCUAUGAAGGAUUUCUUUUCCAAAGUUGGUUUGGAACAUGGGAAUCCUUUCAAGUAUGCUGUGACCAAGUUCCUCUAUGCAACUUCCAAAGCCAGUGCCCCUAAAGCGUUUUUCUUAAACAUGUUUUCGAAGGAACCUUGGGCCAUGGAAUCGAAUUGGAUAGGGUACGUUGCUGUUGCCACUGAUGAAGGCAAAGCAGCAUUAGGGAGGAGGGACAUAGUGGUUGCUUGGAGAGGAACGAUUCAGGCCUCCGAAUGGGUUCAAGAUUUGGAUUUCGACUUGGCUCAUGCGCCACAAAUAUUUGGUGAUGCUCCUGCCGAAGUACACAGUGGCUUUUACUCCGUUUACACCUCCAAUAACCCAGGUUCACAAUUCACUAAUACCAGUGUUAGAAAUCAGGUCCUGGAAGAGGUUAGCAGACUUGUGGAGAAUUAUAAGAAUGAAGAAAUUAGCAUAACUGUGACAGGGCACAGUUUGGGAGCAGCACUAGCGACUUUAAAUGCAGUGGACAUAGUUGCUCAAGGGUUGAACAUACCAAAAGACCAACCUGAGAAAGCGUGUCCAGUCACAGCGUUUGUAUUCGCGUGUCCUCGUGUUGGAAACUCUAGCUUCGAGAAGAUCUUCAGUGAGUACAAAGAUUUGCGAGCAUUGCGUGUUCGAAAUAAAAAGGAUGUUGUUCCGAAACUUCCCUUGGGGUACGCUCAUGUGGGGGAAGAAUUAGUGAUCGACACUAGAAAAUCAAAUUACUUGAAGAGCGACGUGAGUCCGCAUAACUUGGAGGUUUACUUGCACGGAGUUGCUGGCACACAAGGGAAAAAGGGAGGGUUCAAUUUGGAGGUGAAUCGCGACUAUAAACUUUUGAACAAAAGCAUUGAUGCUUUGAAAGAUGAAUAUCUUGUUCCCGUCGAAUGGAGGGUACCGGAGAACAAGGGUAUGGUUCAACAGUCGGAUGGUACUUGGAAGAUCAUGGAUCAGCGUAAUGAGGAUGGUCUUCAAUUCCUACACUCUAAAUUAUAGGUUGUAAUAGACCCAAUGUUUAAGAUUUUAUGUUGUCUUUUGUGUGCUAAUAAC